GCGGCGGCGGCGUCCGCCUGGUUGCUCGGGGGCCGGGCCGCUCGGCGCGGCCAUGGGGAGCGCGGGGAGCAGCGAGGGCCGCCGGGUCCCCUUCGGGACGGACGACGAGGAGCGGGUCCGGGUGCUGCAGGGCGUCCGGCUGUCGGAAAACGUGGUCAACCGCAUGAGGGAUCCCAGGCAGCCUUCCGAAGCGCGGCGACCCUCCCCUGCCCCGGCUGCUCCUCCUCCUUUGUCAUGUGACUCUCGAGAAGGCUCCUUGAAGGGUCCUCAGCAAGAAUCCAAAGUGCCCCAGUUGGACAGCAGCGGUGGCCAGCGCUUCGUCUCAGGGGCAAAGGAGGAUCUCAAGAGGUACAAACAGGACCACGCCGCCGUCCAGGAUGAGCCGUUCCCGGUGGCGAAGAGGGACAGAGAGCCUGCCACCAAGCACCCCGAGGUGUCCCUGCCGCACGGGGAGGGCAGCUUUGAGCCCGAGAAGCAGAAGUUCGCCUGGCAGCAGGCCAGGGACCUGGAGAGCCGCGAGGCGGAGCUGGCACGUCGCGACGCCUUCUGCAGGGAGCAGCUGGGGCGCUUGGAGAGGAAGAAUGCCGAGAUGUACAAACUGUCUUCGCAGCAAUUCCACGAGGCGGCUUCGAAAAUGGAGAACGCGCUCAAGCCCCGCAGGGUAGAGCCCGUGUGUGCCCGUCUGCAGGCCCAGAUCCUGGGCUGCUACCGCGCCCACCUGCACCAGGUGCUGCUGUGCUCCCACCUGGUCAAGGCCUACGAGCGCUGCGUGAGCGCCGCCCGCAAGGGCUGAGGAGCAGCCGUCAUUCCUGGCCCCGGCGGCGGCGGCGUGGAAGGAGGGACCAAUCGUGGGACAUCCGUCCGCAGAGCCCUGGGCGUCCCCCCCCGCCCCUCCCUGCCGUGUCUCACUGGGGACCUCGUCCAGCCUCCGAGCCCAGGGUAGCCGAGCGUGCGUGUCACUGUGUGGGAACAAAUAAAGCAGGUGUCUUUGGUUUCAGUCA